AUGCAAAAACUGACGGAGCGCAUAGACGACCUGAAGCAGAGAAUCGCUGCUUGGGGAAAGCGAAUUCGGCGAUAUACCGAGAGGUCGACACGGUUCAACCAGAAUCGUCUCUUCCAGAGUGAUCAGAAGAGGCUCUAUAAAUCAUUGGAGCGACCAAUGGUAAGUGGAACGGGCCCAGUACCGAAUCAGGCCGACACGGUCGCAUUCUGGCGCAGCCUGUGGUCAGAGCCCGUAAACCACAACGAGGGCCCUUGGAUGGAAGUUGUGGCGAGUCAGUGUGCGGGUAUUACGCCCAUGGACCCCGUCACCAUAACGCCGGAUGACGUAGCUGAGGCGGUCCGUAGGGCCCCGAACUGGAAAAGUCCGGGACUGGACGGGCUGCAUCACUACUGGCUGAAGGGGUUCGUGGACUACCUUAAACUGUUUUCCAGUGCUGUUAGAUCUCGCGGUGGAUUCAAUAAUAAUCCAAUGCUUAGAAAUGUUAUGUCAGCCUACAAGUGUUUAAUUUGUCACAAUGAAAUAAAAACUUCUGAAAGUGGCAAUUGUCUGGCUUUAGAAGAUAUAACUUUUAUAUUGUAA